AGGUUGAUGAGCUAUUAGUUUUUAUAGAUUAAAAAAUGCCGACAAGUGUUUGAGUCUGUUUCCAGCAUGAGUGGGAACUUGAAAGUAAAAUCACUUCUGCGUGAUCUAGAAAGUGCACAACGGAAAGAAAAAUGGAGAGAAGCGGGAGAAAUUGCAAACCAACUUGGUUUUCUUUUUAGUAAACGCAAGGAUUACGAUGAUGCUAUAAAGUAUCACAAGGAAGAUUUGGGUAUGUGUAGAAAUCUGGAAGAUACGGAUGGGAUGGCACAAGCAUACAAGAAUAUUUGCGAAGUGCAAGUUUUGAAGAAUGAAUUUGCUGAAGCGGAGAAGACAAUUUAUAAAUGUCUUAAACUUACAGAAGCAACAGGAGAUUAUGUGAAUAAGGAGAGAUCCUUCAAAAUGUUAGGAUAUAUUUAUCUAAAUCAGUAUGAUGUUGAAAAUCAAGAUCCUUCCUUAUUAUCCAAGUGCAUAAAGUUUAUAAAGAAAUGUUUUAAACUGUAUGAGGAACCUGGACUACAAGGCCUAGGAUCAGAAUUAAAUGUAAUGAAGGGUAGAGCACAUGAAAAUCUUUGUUUUGCCCACAUUCUUAGCGGAAAUGUGGAAGAAGGAUCUCAGCAUCUCAAGAACGCUGAACGUUUUCUAAAGGAGAACAAGAUAGAGCUGGGUAAAUUGUAUCAUGGUUUUUCAGCAAACCUCAUCAGUGCAGGAGCUGCAGAAUUCACUAAAUACUCUCAGAAGGCCCUGGUUUAUGUGGAUAAAGCAAUAAAGAAUCUAAAGUCACGUGAUGAAGAAUACAUAAUGGCGGUUGUCACCAGAGCUAAAAUUCUUCUACUCAACAAACAGUUUAAAGAUGCUAAAUCAAGUUUACUGCUGGCGUACGAGGUAGAUCCCAAAAACGAGAAUGUGGCAACUUUUAUCAAGGUUGUUAAAAGAAUAUUAAAAGAGGAGGAAAUAUUGCUCUCAGGAACAGAUCAUAAGUCCUAUGAACUAAUUGGAGAUCUAAUCGGUGGAACCAGUAUUGAACCGAUUCUGAACAACGGAGAUAAAAAAGCGUUUGCUUAUCUCAGCAUUCAAUAUUAUCAAAACAGUCUGGAGGCACUGCUGAAGGACGGAGAACAUGAUAAACAAAAAGCCUCUGCCCUCCACAGUAGUAUUGCUCAGUGUUAUGAGGAUGCACGAGACUAUGAGAUGGCUUUAACCAAAUAUAAAGAAGUUCUUCAGAUGGAGAUAGGGAGACCAAGAGAUCAAAGUAUCACACAGUCCCAUAUUGUCAACAAUCUAGAGUGUUUGAAGGCAGAAGAGGCAAUUAUCAUCAGGGAGUAUGAAAACUGGAUUAGUUUGAGUAAGAGGGCUGGGCUUAAGUUUGAAAAAGAUGCGCUACAGGAGUUUUGUAGAUUUCUGAAGGAGGCUGAUAGGGAUUCUGAAUACAGAAGAAGAAGUGGUGAGUUGGAUCUUGUGUUGGAUAAACUAGGAGAAGAUCAAGAUUAUCAGGAGGAGGAGGACAUAUCUGUUAGUCAGAAAAGUGGAAAUGAUUUGUUAGCUGGUGUAGAGGUUGAUACAAAUGUAGGAAGACCAAAAAGAAACACAGGAAAACACAAAUUUACAAAGGACAAUAAGGGUCAGUGGAAUCUGCAUCGUCUGGUUCGACUAGAGGGUCGGGAGGAGGCAAUUAAAAGUGAUAUUGAAAGAGGACAUCCUUUAGAGGUAACUGACAACUGUGGUUGGACCCCUUUAGGAGACUGUAUGGAGAGAGGGAUCCUGGCUUAUGUCAAGUUACUGGUUGAGGCUGGAGCUGAUAUUGAUAAAAGACAACCUGAGGACGACACUCCUCUAAUAUUAGCCUCUAGAGCAGGAUUCUUAGAUAUAAUUGAGUACCUGUUGUCUGCGGGUGCAGACCCAACACUCCCAAAUAAGAAGGGUUUAACAUCAAUUGCUCUUCUGAGAAGACAUCGGCGAGAUCUAGAAUAUGAGAAGGGAGAGGAGAAUGAACAGAAUAUCCGGGAUUUAGAUCGACUUAUUAUGAUAAUUGAGGAGAAAUAUCGAAGUUUGGGCAGAGAAGUAGAUUCAGCAGUUGCUCCUUCAACUUGUUCAAACUCUUUGGAACAAUCCUCUCAAGAGAUGUCACCUUGUGUUCCCAAAAAGAAAGGGAAAAUGGAACAGCUUAGAGAACUUAGACAAAACCGAGAGAAGAAAGCUGCAAAGUCUCUUAAAAGCAGAUUUGGUUCAGAAGAUGACCUGAAAUCAUCUUAUCAAAGUCUUGGAUCAAGAAGACGUGCUUGGUCUCCUGAACCCUUCCAAAGAUCAAGAUCAAGAUCAAACUCUCCUGAUACUACCUUUAAAUCAGGAAGACGAUUCAGUUCUCCUGAUGAGGAUGGAGGAAGCUCGGACGAUCAACGAUCUCCUUCUAAUAGAAUGACAUACAAAACAACUCGAGAAAGUUCGGACGAUGAGAAGGAAAGGUCGUCUUCUCCAAUUUUAUCCUCCCAGAUAUUUUCAUUUAAAUCUCUCAAGGUUUCCCAGUCCCGAGGUGCCGGAAAGCUGAAGCGUAAAUCAAGUUUUCCAACAUCAACUGAGAUCUCGUGUUCCCCCGACCACCUACCAGAAAUACCAACCCAGUCCUGGUUCGUCCCUGAUCAACUUCCGGAUACAUCAACCCAGAUAUCCUGUGCUCCUGAAUAUCUACCGGAUAUCCCGGAUUAUUCACAAAUUCACAAUCCUCCGGCACCAGAUGUAAUGGGAGCUGAUGUUUAUCAGAAUGUGAUGGAAGGAUUACGGCAUCCUAAUCGUCUUUCACUCAAACCAGCUCAGAAACUAGUUCCUAGGCGAGAUAUUGAUGAUUCUAAUGAUUUCAUGGAAUUAGACGAUUCUGAUUGGCUGGUUGAUGACCUAAAGGAGGGACAACUAGAGAAGGAGAGGAAAAAACGAGAGAGAAGUUCUGAGGAAAAAAGACCGAGCAAACUUAAGAGGAGACGAGGAUCUAAAGAGAAUGCAAUUUCUCUGAGAUUAGAUCAGGAUCUUCAUGAUGACCCAGAUGAUGAAGACCCUGAACCUGUUCUUGUUGAUGAACUACCUAGUCCUCAUUCAACUCAAUACAGCACAAUUUCUAGAUUAAAUAAACUGAAAAGGCGUACUCAACCUAAAAUUGGUGAUGUUUUCCCACGUGUUCCUGGUCCCAGUACAAGUAUAGAGGAUUCACGGAGAACCUCCGGGGAGUCGGAGUAUAGGAGUAAUCCUGGGGAGUCCUGGAGUACCCCCAGGGAGUCCUGGAAUACCCCAAGGGAGUCCUGGAAGGCGCCUAGAGAAUCAGACUGGAGCACCCAGCAGACUCCUGUAAUUCAUCCACAAGAGAAGCAUCGAACAGUAAAAGUACAAAUGGAAAAUAAAUCCCUCCUAAUUCCGAUCAAAGAAAAAAAUUUAACAGUUGCCUGGUUAAUUGGUGAAACAGCGGCACGUUAUGGACGCAGUGAAGGAAUAACACCUGCUACAGUGCCUUCGAAAUUUUAG